AUGUUUCGGUCAACAAAUAGUUUUGAAGAGGUUGUUGCAAAAGCGACCGAUGAGACGCUCACCUCUGAAAAUUGGGAGUUAAUUACAAAUAUAUGUGAAAAAGUCGAGGCUGGUGGGGAAAAAAGUGCAAGAGAAUGCAUUGAAGCCAUACAAAAACGUUUAGCUCAUCGAGCUGCUAAUGUGCAACUGUAUUCUUUGACGCUGUCAAACUCGCUUGUCAGAAGUUGUGGACUGCCGCUUCAUCGCGAGAUUUGUAGUCGCACGUUUACCUCAAUCUUAGCGCGUAUGGUCACAGACAAGAACACACAUGAAACCGUCAAAAACAGGAUAACAGAAUUAAUUCAAGAUUGGACAUUUGAGUUCCGAUCAAACUCAUCAUUGAGUCUCAUGGAAGAGACAUUUAAUCAGUUGCGAGCACAGGGUGUCCCAUUCCUGCCACCCGAUAAGCCAAAAAAAGAACCAACUCAGUCAGAAUUAGACAAACAAAAAGAAGAGGAUGAUUUUCAAUUGGCAAUUGCGAUGUCAUUGUCACAGACAGUGACCCCGAAAGAGAGAAUCGUUCAGCGGAGUCCACCUUCGCAAAAAGCAGUUGUCAAACAAGACGCUACACCAAAACAACCACCACCAGCAUCAAAAGUGCGCUCAUUGUAUGACUUCACUCCCACCGAACCAGGCGAACUAGGAUUUUCCCGUGGAGACGUGAUCACAGUGCUGGAGACCGUGUAUAAAGAUUGGUGGCGUGGCGAGUUGAAUGGCAAGACAGGAAUUUUUCCGGUUAAUUAUGUGGAAAAAAUCACUGAACCAAGUCCUGCAGAUUUAGCACGUGAAGCAGAAAUAGAAGCCUCUGUAUUUGCGGAAGCACGUAAUGUCGAACGAUUGCUCGAGCUGUUGUCGACUAUUGAUCCAACCAAAGAUAGUUUCUCAGAAAAUGAAGCUAUCCAGAAUUUGUACCACUCAACAUUAGCAGUUAGACCGAAACUGGUACAACUUAUUGAAAAAUAUAGUCAAAAGAAAGAUGAACUUAUCGCACUAAAUGAUAAAUUCAACACGGCAAGAACUACAUACGAUCGACUACUUGAGGAAUCGAUUAAUAGAUACAAACCGAAUGCUACCGUUGGUGGUCCUUCUGCGUUACAGCAACAGCAACAAUAUGCCUAUCAACAGCAACAACCACCGCCAGUUGGUUAUGCGCCACAACAACCGCCAUCUAAUGCUGGAUAUCAGCAACAACAGCCACAAUUCGCUAAUCAAGAUGGAAUGUCGCAGCAACCACCGUCACAACAGCAUCAACAACAGCAACAACCAUAUCAACAAGCUCAAUUCACCCAGACAAAUCAACAACCACCGCAAAGUCAGCAACAAUACUCAACAGAGCCUCAAACAUUUAUACAGCAAACACCGUCGCUUUCGUCAUCAACAACAGCUAACGGUAUUAAUCCUGAUAAUAAUAUACAGCAACAGCAGCCAAAUAAAUUUGGGGGCGCAUUUCCUCCAAUGUCUAAUGGUUAUCCAAAUGAACAACAACAGUCACAAUAUCAACAAUCACAAAAUCAACAGUCACAACCACAGUAUCAGCAAAUCGAUCAACAGCCACAACAAUAUCAACAAAUUGAUCAACAGCAGCAGCAGACACAACAACCUCAAACACCACAACAAACAUAUCAACAAUUACAAACAAAUAAUAUUCGUCAAGCAUCACUACCCUUAUUACCACAACAACAACAACAAUUAUCCUAUCCAUCUCAUCAACCUCAACCUCAACCUCAAUCUUCGUUACCAUUACACCCACAACAGCCGCAACAACCUCCUCUUGGCACAACUCAUCAGGUACCACAGCAAAACGUCGCUCCUGGAUAUAAUAAUGCUUCGAUAGUUCAGCAACAGCAGCAACCUCAACAGUACGCUGCUCAAGGCUAUUAA